GUAGCAUCUGAACCGUCCACGUCUUCAUCUAUUAACGGCACUGAUGAAAUUCUCCAAUAACCAAAACCCAGAUUAGUCUUAGAUACCGAGGCACAAAUUUUAAUCCAGAGAAAUUUCAAUGGCAGAACCAAAAGGAGACCCAAAAAGUCCAUCAUCAUCAGAAAAGGAUGUAAAAGCAGAACCAAAUGUGAUGGAAAAGGAGUUAGAAGCAAUGACUCAUAGUGGAAAAUCUCCACACCAUCAUCAAGAAACGCACGGAAGAAGUGAUGAUAUUGAUGAGGAUACUCCGAUUGAUGAAAUUAAAGGACCAGGUGUGUUUGGACGAAUCAAGGAAGAGAUCGAGGCCCUUGUUGGGGCAAUUCAUUCUAAGAAGGACAAGAGUGACCAAUCAUCUUCUUAGAGAGGAUUUUGAUUUCCGCUUUUUACUUUUAAUAUUUGGAAGAAAAAACUUUAUCUUGUCUCUGUUUAUUUGUUUCUUGGUACAAGCUUCACUUUUUGAAGAAGAAAUUUUGGUUUCUGUUUGA